AUGAAGAUCCUGGCAAAUUUACUGAAUAUAGUAAGGGUAUACUUUGGGUAUGAAACUCCUAUGGAGAAAAUACCAGUUGAGGUCGACAUCAAGAGAAUUGAUCCUAACAAGUUUUUGGUAGAAGAUCUUCAUAUGAAUGGAUUUCAUUUCAAAAAGUACAGCAUAGGGGAAUCAGAAAAUCUAUGUACGGUGCUAGAUGAUGGAUAUGAAGUAUGGUAUAGCGACCAAACAGACUCCUCAGUUACAUCAUUCAUUGUCAGGGAUGACCUGGAGAUGAUAAUAUUGUUGACUUCAAAAGAUGUCAUUUGCAUGAGAAAGUCCAAUUUUUGCUGGAAAAGGCUCGAAAAUGAGGGAUUGAACUUUAGGAUUAAUGCUGAAAGUCUGGCAAAAGUCGUUAACAAAGAAAGACCAAACUUUCGUAGAACCCGUGGGUUCCGCUUGAGUAAUUCAAAGUUCAUGGAUGAUGAGAUGUCAUGCUUUACUAAUGGAUUCUCCUUCCCUACACUAACAUUUUGUCUGUCCAUCCUGUACCAGACGCUCUUUUAG